AUGAAGCUCGUUACUGUAUUCAGUGGUUUGACUCUCCUGAUUGGAGGAUCGUUGGCUCAAGGUUGUCAAUCUGAGCUCAACGGCUUUUCACUAUCCAUCGCGCGACCUGAUGAGACGUCGAGGCCUUUGCCCUUGAGGUUUCUACCAACCAAUACGACGAUGAUCUACACCCUCGGGUUUUGCAGCUCUUGCUCCGCGCCCACAGUUGAGCAUUGGAUCCUGCAAUCCAACUCACUGACAGCCUUUGUCCCUGACCACGGGUCGAUCAAGAACGAGUUUGUUGUUGCCAACAAGCCACUUUCAUUCUGGGAGGCGGGUGAGAUAUCUCUUCCCGUGCUCUAUCCAGGCUACUGCGCAUUGUUUUCCAAGGGCAAGGGACUUCUCGCUGCCAACGGGCGCACAAAUGUCUUUUUCGCCUGUGAGAAUCGUAGUCCGAAUCUCGCAGGUACUGCCGCGUUCGAUAUUUACUACCUUCCAAAUACCACCGAUACGGCGUCCAACUCUACCAGAGGUCAUUGCGCAGCCAUCAACUUGGAAGUGUUCCCGAAGUAG